CCCAUUCGCAGCUUCACACCAUCACAUCUCCAUUUCCCACCAAAAGAAAGAAAAAGAACCAAUGGCUACUCCCACUACUAUUACCAUAAAACAUACCACCCUGGUCAAACCGGCCGAACCCACAUGGUCCGGCCGGAUGCCCCUUUCCGAAUGGGACAUGAUCGGAGCCAUAACCCACGUGCCAACAGUGUUCUUCUACCAGUCAAGCACCUCAUUAUCAACCCGACCGAUCCGAACCACCGACCCGGCCCUUCUCGACCACCUGAAGGACUCCCUAGCCAGGACCCUGGUCACGUUCUACCCUUUAGCAGGCCGGCUCGAACCGAUCGGGAGAGGCCGGUUCGACCUGGACUGCAACGGGCUCGGGGUGCUGUUCAUCGAGGCGGAGGCCCAGACGACGUCGCUUGAUGACUUGGGUGAUGGGGACCUGUCCAGCUGUACUGAUUUCCAGCCGUUGAUCCCGGAGGUGGACUACGACCGUCCGAUCGGCGAGUGGCCGUUGCUGCUGGUCCAGGUGACGAAAUUCAGGUGCGGCGGGAUCGGCCUCGGGUUCAGCAUCUCCCACGCUGUCGUGGACGGGCUCAGCGCGCUUCAUUUCAAGAACGAGUGGGCCCGGGUGGCGCGAGGCGAGGGGAUUGGGACGGUGCCGUUUCUUGAUCGGGGAGUUCUGCGGGCCGGGCUGCCGCCGGUGAGUAGGCUUCCGAGGUUUGACCCGGCCGAGUUCCAGCGCCCGCCGGUGCUUCUCCCCGAUGCCGGCUGCUCCAAUAACAAAGGUAAUUACAAACCACACCACCACGAGACGACAGUGGCCAAACUGAAGAUGACCAAGACCAAAGUCCAGAUGCUAAAAGACAUGGCGAACGCCGGCGGCAGGACUCCGUCGUCGACAUUCGACGGCCGUCCAUUUUCCACGUACGAAACCCUAACGGCUCAUACAUGGCGGUGCGCAUGCAAGGCUAGAAAGCUCAGAGCCGACCAGCCCACAUCCGUCGGCGUCUGCGUCGACUCGCGCAGGCGGACGAACCCUCCGCUCCCCGACGCCUACUUCGGCAACGCGGUCCUCGACGUCAAGGCCGUCGCCCUCGCCGGCGACGUGGUGGCGAGGCCGCUAGGGUUUGCAGCCGGGAAGAUAAGAAAAGCCGUGGAGAAGGCCGACAGCAGCGAGUUCCUCAGCUCGGCCGUCGACUACCUGAAGAACCAGCCGGACCUGAGCGAGUUCCAGGACUUCCACGCGGAGGAUGAUGACGACGACGAAGAUGACGAUGAUGGGCCGUUCUUCGGGAUGCCGAAUCUGGGCGUGAUCAGCUGGCUCAGGCUGCCGAUGGUGGGCCUGGAUUUCGGGUUCGGGAAGGAGGUCUACAUGGGCUCGACCCAUGAGUUCGACGGCGACACGAUGCUGCUGCCGAGCCGGGAUGGAGACGGCGCCAUUGUGGUGGCGAUUUGUUUGAGGGUUGACCAUAUGGAGGCUUUCAAGCGGUGUUUCUAUGGUGAUAUUGUUGCUUAGUUAGUUGUUAGGAUACGUAUACGGUAUACGGUAUACGGUUGGUGAGACGGUAUUAUACGGAGAGGGAGAGUAUAAUAAUAUUCGCUAUAGCUAGCUCAUAAUACAUACAUACAUACAUACGAUUAGUAUACGUUAAGGAUAUUAUGUGAGUAUAACAUACGUAUUUGGGAUGUAUGGAAAUUUCAAAAUAUGAUAUUUAUGUGCAUGUUGCUAAUGGGUAUGUGUCCAUUUUUUGCUAGCUGGUGUCGAUAUUUUUUUUAUUUUUUUAUUUGAGGUCUUCGGUUUCUUGUUUCUUGAAAAUUGAAGAGAUAUAGGUUUAGGUGGGCUGACGGUUCAUUUUGUUUAAUAAGUACGUAGUGUAUAGUAAGUUGAAUUAAUUGCAUAAUAAUUUUGGCUAGCUAUCAUAUAUGAAGCAAUAUUUUAUAUACAAAUACGUCGAGCAGUUAAAUGUCAAUUUUUUUUAGUUAAGUCUUCUUUAUUUUUUUGUGUUGGUAUGAUUAUCUUUUUUUUAUAAGGGUGAUAUAUGUUUCAUUUUGUUGUCGCAUUAAAAUACCAUUUAAGGG